AUGAUCGGGUCGGAUCUCAUCAACGGCACGGCCACGAGCUGGAAUCUGGAGAAGGAGAAUAUUUUGAAGGGCCCGUAUGAUUAUCUGGAAUCGCAUCCGGGCAAGGAUAUUCGAUCGCAGAUGAUUUCGGCGUUCAACGCUUGGUUGCAGGUGCCUAGUGCGUCGUUGCAGGUUAUCACGAGGGUGGUUUCGAUGCUGCAUACGGCGUCGCUGCUUAUUGAUGAUGUGGAGGAUAACUCUCAGUUGAGAAGGGGGAUUCCGGUCGCGCACAGCAUCUUUGGCACGGCGCAGACGAUCAAUAGCGCCAACUAUGUCUACUUCCUCGCGCUACAAGAACUGCUGACCCUUAAUAAUCCUGAUGUGAUCCGAAUAUACAACGAGGAGCUGCUCAACCUCCAUCGUGGUCAGGGAAUGGACCUGUUUUGGCGAGAUACCCUGACCUGUCCGACGGAGGAUGACUAUCUCGAAAUGGUCGGGAACAAGACCGGUGGUCUAUUCCGACUUGCGAUCAAGCUCAUGUGCGCCGAAUCGCCUUCUCACAACUAUCCUGCCGGAUCUUCGAAUCAGCUCGAACCUCAGGAGAAAUCUGAUUACGUCCCACUUGUCAAUACGAUCGGCCUGCUCUUUCAAAUCCUCGACGACUAUCGCAACCUCUCUGACACGACAUAUACCCACAACAAAGGCCUGUGCGAGGACCUCACCGAAGGCAAAUUCUCUUUUCCCAUUAUCCAUGCCAUCCGUUCAGACCCGUCGAAUCUGGUCUUGAUCAACAUCUUGAAGCAGAAGACAACGGACGACGAGGUGAAGAAGUACGCCGUGGGGUACAUGGAGCGAUGCGGGAGCUUCAGCUACACGCGCCGGAUAUUGCGGGGCCUGACCAAGAAGGCGUUGGUCCUGAUAGAUGAGGUCGACGCAGGAAAAGGACUGGGAGAGGGCAUCAAGGGCAUUCUGGAGAGGCUGAGAGAUGUUUGA